AAAAAGGGUAACACUGUACGCCCCAGCUGCGGUAUUAGGUGAAAAAUUCUGCGCACGGGAAUAACGAUGGCCUCCGUUAACAAAUUGGCAAUUUUGAGCCGCUCGCUCAGCUCCGCUGCCCAGAAGACGGUCAAGCCACCCGUGCAGGUGUUCGGUCUCGAGGGUCGUUACGCCUGUGCCCUGUAUUCGGCUGCAUCUAGAACGAGCCAAUUGGAUCAAGUGGAGAAGGACUUGACCGCACUACAGGCUACCAUAAAGGCUGAUAAGAAGUUGCGCGAAUAUGUGACCAGUCCUAUUAUUAAUAGGAGUGUAAUGGGGAACGCUUUGCAAGAGGCUGCUGCUAAAUUGCGGUUUGCGUCAAGUACUGCUAACUUGUUGGGUCUAUUGGCCGAUAAUGGCCGCUUGAAGAAGCUGGACACUGUCAUCAACGCUUUCAAGACCAUCAUGGCUGCUCAUCGCGGCGAGGUGGUGUGUGAAGUGGUGUCAGCAAAGCCACUGGACUCGUCCCAGCAAAAGCAAUUGGAGGGUGCUUUGAAGUCCUUCCUAAAGGGAAAUGAGUCACUGAAGAUCACCUCUCGUGUGGACCCCAGCAUCAUUGGCGGAUUAAUUGUUUCCAUUGGCGACAAGUAUGUAGAUAUGAGCAUUGCCAGUAAAGUGAAGCUGUAUACAGAAGUUAUUCAGUCGGCUGCCUAAGUCCUAUUUCACAUUACAAAUUACGGAUAAGAUGUGAAAGAAACUUUUGUGGAGAUCUGAUAUAUAUGCAGCCAUUAGCGAAUAAAAACAUUGUAUCCAACUUAAAA